AUGCAAUCAUUCCGACUGAUGAGUAAGCGUCCCAGCUCACCCCUGGACAACGCCAUACCCACCAUCAACGUGGACCAGAUCCAACCUCUGAUCAACUUCUGGAGGACUGUGCAGACCGCAGGCUUCAGCGAGCACGAGGUUCGCACACACAUGUCACAGCUGUUCAUGGAUAUUAUCAUGAACUUCUCUGAUCAAAUCCUCAGUGGUGUGGGGAAAAUCAUCGCCCGGGAACAGCUUUCGUCAAGUGAUGCUUUGCUCUCGGAAGAUGCCGUGAAAGACGCCCUGAGCGCUGUCCUCCGAACCAGCUUCAAGACCAGUUCUGCUGAUGAGUAUUAUGCACUUGAGAAGGCCCAUGAGCAGAUAAGUGCUGAGGUGACUGACACUGUCAACUCGGUUCUGAGUCGCGUGGGAUCUCCUGGAAGCAAACUGACAGUAGACAAAGAACAAGGCUACACCCCAUCCAGAUACAAGCUCCUCAGCAUCGUCUCCAAUGCCCAGAAGUUCAUGCAAUGCUGUUGGCCAUGCAGGACAAAGAUCUCAGGUGAGGAGAAGCCGGUGGACAAAGAGCUACAAGAGAGGGCCAAACGUCUCAAAGUCAGAAAUGAACUCAGACGGAACGGGCUGGGAGUGGCAGAAUCUGUGGAGACUGCAAACCUGUCUCAGAACGGUGCCUCUGGGAUUUCGAGUUUUGUUCCAGAGAUCAAACCCAGAUCCGACUCUGCAACCAGUGAGACACAAGAAACACAAGUGGAGAGUCUCCCUACAGAAACUGAGCAGGAGACAACCAAACAGACCACUCACAGCUCUAGUGGAAGAACGAAGAAAACGAACGAAGAAAGAGGCUUUGACCCGACGCCACCGCCCAGAAUGGAAGACUUAAGGUUUCAUAGCAGAACGGAUGAGCUAAUGCAACCCAUCAGAGAAGUAGAGUUCAUGCAAUCAUUCCGACUGAUGAGUAAGCGUCCCAGCUCACCCCUGGACAACGCCAUACCCACCAUCAACGUGGACCAGAUCCAACCUCUGAUCAACUUCUGGAGGACUGUGCAGACCGCAGGCUUCAGCGAGCACGAGGUUCGCACACACAUGUCACAGCUGUUCAUGGAUAUUAUCAUGAACUUCUCUGAUCAAAUCCUCAGUGGUGUGGGGAAAAUCAUCGCCCGGGAACAGCUUUCGUCAAGUGAUGCUUUGCUCUCGGAAGAUGCCGUGAAAGACGCCCUGAGCGCUGUCCUUCGAACCAGCUUCAAGACCAGUUCUGCUGAUGAGUAUUAUGCACUUGAGAAGGCCCAUGAGCAGAUAAGUGCUGAGGUGACUGACACUGUCAACUCGGUUCUGAGUCGCGUGGGAUCUCCUGGAAGCAAACUGACAGUAGACAAAGAACAAGGCUACACCCCAUCCAGAUACAAGCUCCUCAGCAUCGUCUCCAAUGCCCAGAAGUUCAUGCAAUGCUGUUGGCCAUGCAGGACAAAGAUCUCAGGUGAGGAGAAGCCGGUGGACAAAGAGCUACAAGAGAGGGCCAAACGUCUCAAAGUCAGAAAUGAACUCAGACGGAACGGGCUGGGAGUGGCCGAAUCUGUGGAGACUGCAAACCUGUCUCAGAACGGUGCCUCUGGGAUUUCGAGUUUUGUUCCAGAGAUCAAACCCAGAUCCGACUCUGCAACCAGUGAGACACAAGAAACACAAGUGGAGAGUCUCCCUACAGAAACUGAGCAGGAGACAACCAAACAGACCACUCACAGCUCUAGUGAGUCUUUUGGUGACAAGGAACAUAUUACCAACGAGAUCUUGUCUGAAAACAAGCAGCAAAAAGCAAUGAAGGCUGCUGCACAACAAGAAAAAAGGAAGAGAGUGACUCAAAGCUCUGUAAACACCUGGUGCUCAUGUCAAGCGUACUUGGAGAUGAAAGAGCUCCUGGAUGAAGCAGCAGUAACAGUUGCCCGAUCUUCCAGCCUGAACAAAGAUGAGGCUGAGGUUCUUGUAAGCAGACUGAGUGAUAAGAGUGAAGCGGAUGCAGUGUCUAUCUACUCCAUGAUGUUGGACGAGAUGGAUGAAAUCCGAUACAGAAACUCUCUGGACUCUGAUGAGCGUAAAGUAAGCACUGAUAUAGAAACAAUGGAGGAAGAGGCAGCCUGUCAUUUGGAGAAGUUGAUGUCCGUGCCUGAUGACAUCCAAGAGGCCAGUUUCUAUGAGAAAUUGUCCCAGGACAUCUCCAAUGGACAACACAAGGAUGUGAAUGAGGCACUUCAACAGGUCAUUGUGCAGAAUAUGAGCCCCAGAAACUCUAUUGGAGCCUGGAAAUUUGGCAGAAAGGUCACAAGAUCAGUGCUCGAAUUCCUGAAGUCCGUAAAGGAGUGGGUUGAUAAACAGAGGGAUCAGGAACCAAAGACGGGUGAAGUCAGAAAUACUUAUCAAAAACUGCAAAAUGCCGUCCUCUGUAUGUCUAUGGACCCCCAGACCCACUAUACAGGCACACGCUAUACCCCUCCCCAACCAACAACUGCAGCAGAUGUUCAUUUCGAGUGGGACACAUAUCACAUCAGAUUCUUGGCUUAUGAAGUAACAAGGCACGCCCUCCAGACCAAAAGUCUGACCAAUGUGGCCCCAUUUGUAAAGUUGUGGCAGCGGCUGGAGGAAAAUAUGACACAAUGGAACGUGAAGGUGAGGCCUGAUGCUGAGAACAUCCUGGAUGUGGCGGAGGAUGUGUACAAAGACCUGUGCUCGGGGUCCAAAAAACACUGGGUUUCAUUCAACUGCCUCAUCGAUGAGAACUACAUCGACACCAUCAUAGACACAAUCCGCUAUAAUCUGGAGAUACCCCAGAAGAAGAGCCGCAUCAGCUCCUUCUUCCAAUCAGUAAGACGUUUUUUUUGCAGAAGCAUGUCUUUUAGACUGUAUUAA